AUGCAGGACGGGGAAGGUCGUGUCGUGCAGGGCCGAUGCGCAGUUACUCUCUCGAUUCCGACAUGAACCAAGGAAACAACAGUCCGAGUAUGCGAAGGAUAAGGAAGAGCUGACAGCCACUGAAGGGCUAGAGAGAAUAGUAUAAGCUGGGGGAACUUCCCGGUAGGGCCGUGCCCAUCAGGCUACACCGUUCUUUUUUUGUUUGCUUUUUGUCGAUCUUGCGGGUGAAAAUGGGGGUGCUCGGUUUCAGGGGGCCUUGCGAAACGACCAAACUCUGUCAAAAGUCUCGAGGAGGGACUGGGAUAGCAGAAAGCGAGGAGAAUGGGCGAGAGGCAAAGGAAAGAGCACAGAAUGGGAAACGUAACCUGGAUGGGAGACGGUGUGGGUCGGCCGCGACUGGGAUCGGACGGUUUUCUCCACGUGUAAUCGCUGGUCGUCGCCUUCGAGGCCCCAGGCUGGCCCGGGCAUGCCUGAGGGAUGAGUGCCUCAUCUUCACGGCAUCCAUCCUCAUCGGGACACAUCUUGUUGACUCGCUGCCGUCAGAUCGCGGAUCAUCCUCCAGCUACUCCGUACGCCGUACACGCAAAGAACACCGUGUUUGUCUUGGGAGGGGGUGCCCUGGUCAGCUGACAAACUUGGGUCCAACCAUGCAGCCGCCAUCUCUGUGUGAUUCUGCUUGCAUGACAGCCCUGCAGGCGCAUCCCAGAAGGAAACACUCCAUACAUUUCCAUGACUGUUCGAUUCAUCCAUAGCCAGGCGCUAGCGGUUUGGGUCCUUAUGCCAGUCUGUUGGUGGACUUUCUCCCGUCGACAAUGUGUACACAGUGUACAGCGCCAUGCAUUCUCAUCUCGACUGGAGCAGCUAGUUGGUAGGAAGGGGACAAGGGUAAGUUGGACUCAUGGUCCAGUUAUUUAUCUAAGCUUGAUUGCCAAGCAGCAAUCAAGGUGGUCCGAGACCGAUGGCUAUCGAUAUUGCAAUUACCGAG